GGGGCUGGCUCGCCAGUUUUGCUCCGCGCACCCUGCAUACGGUUCCCUCGUGCCCUCGGCCCAGUUCGCCAUGUCGGCGUGCUCGGCGGUCGAGGCCAAGCUUGCAGCGCUGCUCUCUUCGGUCAGCGCCACGGUGGUCAAGCGGCCGCUCCGGGAGUGGCUUCUCAAGGAGGCGGUGGUGGCGGCGGCCACCGCCUGCCUUGCUGCUCCGGCGGCGGGAGCCGGCAUUGGCGGCGUUCCCGAGGCCUGUUCGGCCUGCGCUGUCAUCGACGGCUACGAGGACGUGCUCAUCAAGUACGGGCACGACCACAAGAAGGCCACGGGCGAGGACAUUCGUCGUCGUCUCGUGGACGGCGGGCACCGCGAGCUCGCCAAGGAGUGGGUCAGCCUGCGCAACGGCCGGCGCGCUUGCGCGCACCCGCACCGUGAGCUGCUGGACAAGAUCCACGGCGCUCUUUCGUGCGCGGCUGACCCCCCGACCUGCUGUUCCACGGGUGCCAGCGGGGGCGAAGGCUAUCACUCCGACUCGGCGUCGGGCAGCGGGGACGGCCUGUCUGGGUCCCUGCAGGAGCUGGCGCGGGUCAAGCAGGAGCUGGCGCUGGUCAAGGAGGAGGCUUUCGCCCACAGCCAGCGCGCGGACGAGGCUGAGGGCAUGCUGCUGGUCGAGCGCGCGCGGGUCGCGGAGUGCCAGGAGCUGCUCUCUUCGGCCGAGGGUCGCCUUCAGGAGUGUCAGGCGGUCGCCGACAGCCUCUGCGACGAGCUCAUGGCGACUCGUGCCGUUGCCUGGGGUUUCUCACAGGAGCUCCAGCAUAUCGAGGCUAAGGUCGUCAGCGACUGCAUCACCGAGCUGAUUGGGGAGAAGAAGGGCGGCGCGCUUCCCAGCUUUCACGAGGGCUCCGCCGUGCGGGAGGUGGUGAGCCCCGCGGACGGCGAGGAGGUUUUUGCUGAAGCGUCGAGUGGAGCCAACCAGGAGUCCGAGGGCGAGAUCGAGUAUGCCGCCAAGUCCUCUGGGCUCUCCUUCGGUGUCGGCGCCGAGAAGAUUUCUUCCUGUUUUUCUUCUCCAGGGCCCGCUCCGCUUGACGAGGACAUGAUGUGCCUGCGUGCCAAGCGGAUGGUGGAGGUUCUCAACACCCGCGAGUUCGCUUUCAAUCCCAUCGACGACGAGGCCGUGUCCGCUUUGGCGGGUUUUGGUGACUACUGGGCCUCGCAGCUCGUGGAGGAGAUGAUCGCGAUGAAGGCCAAGAUCCGCAACCCCAGCGGAUUCAUCAAGGUUCGCCGCAUGCCGUGCAGGACUUGGGCCACCAGCCUGGUGAUACGGUAGGUUCGGGGUUAUCCUUUAAAACCCCCCGCUUCGGCGUGCCACGGCCCAGCACUCACCGCUGGCGUGCCGUGGGGGCGGCGGUCACCCGCGUCGACCGCCGUCGUUCGCAUAGGUUCGGGGUUCCCCUACAAAACCCCCCCGCCUUUAGGGCGGUGCCUCGGCCCAGCACUCACCGCUGGCGUGCCGAGGGGUGGUCGAUUUGAGUUCGGGGUUCACCUUAAACCCCCCCGCCUUUCGGCGGUGCCGAGGCCCCGCACUCACCGCGGGCGUGCCUCGGGCAGCACGCCGCCUCAGUUCCCAGACGAGGGUCUGGGAGCCUUGGCUGUCGGAGCUCCCUCGAGCGCGACGGAGGCACAGCGCGCUGUUGGGGGAAGUCCUCAGCACCCACCCCGCCUCGCUCGGCGACCUCUCGCCGCCCUCCGUUCGGAGGGGUCGAAGGGUCGGGGGGUGGCUGCCGUUCGGCAGCCACCCUGGGUGCUGAGUGGUUCUUCUCUCGUUCCCCCCGCGGCACGCUGUGCUUAACAAAAGGUCCA